AUGAAUACAGAAAGGGCAGACACGACAGAAUCAUUCAAAGGGUAUGCUCCAUUUGAUGAAACAAUGGAAGGACCAGCUGCUACCUCGCGUGGAUCCAAAGAUGAUGACUGGUACCCACCUGCUGGAUCCAGAGCCGCCAAAGCGUUAGAGCAUCUAUUUGACGACGCUGAUGAAUUUGACGAGGCUGAUUGGAGGAAUUGGGUGGAAGAAGACAAAUCAGCCAAUCAGUAA